AGCGCCACCGAGUUUCUUUUGUUAUCAAGCCGAUUCCUGUUCGCGGUUGGACGUAUAAGUUGGCAAGAGUUUUCACAGCAUGGGAGGAUUCGACACGCGGGACAAGUACGUCUGUUGGCGAAUGCUGAAGUGAAGUGUUCAAGCAGUGUCUCGAGAAGACCAUAUUUGACAUUUGAACAUUUUAACUGUCAAUUAACAGGUCCAGUUCAUAAAGGGCCGAAGUUUUCCCCGUAUUUGUCCAGGAAAAUGAGUAGUGCACAGUAUGCAUCUUUGAAGGAAAAGGUGGUGCUGAUAACAGGCGCUAGUUCUGGUAUAGGAGCAGGUACUGCCAGAGUAUUUGCCAAGAACGGAGCUCGGCUCGCUUUGUGUGGUCGGCAAGAAAAUAAUUUGAAGAAAGUUUCUGAAGAAUGUACUGCUCUCGGCGCUCGCGAAGUAAAGAGCUUAUUGGGCGAUUUAACUGAUUUGAAUUGUUGCAAGAAAAUCAUUUGUGAUGUCAUUGAACAUUACGGCCAGUUAGAUGUGUUGGUGAACAGUGCAGGCCGGCUGUUGAAUAAUACAAUUGAAAAUGUGACACCUGAGCAAUAUGAUGAUAUUAUGAAUGUUAACACACGAUCUAUAGUGUUUUUAACACAGUAUGCAGUUCCACAUUUGACUAAAACUAAGGGUACAAUUGUUAAUGUUUCAUCUGUUGUGGGAAUAAGAUCGUUUCCAGGUAUCUUGGCAUACUGCAUGAGUAAAUCUGCAGUGGAUCAAUUUACAAAAUGUGUUGCUCUGGAGCUAGCUUCCAAAGGGAUUCGUGUGAAUGCUGUUAAUCCAGGAGUAAUAAAAACAGAGGUUCACAAACGAGGUGGAAUGUCUGAAGCCGAGUAUAAGAAGUUUCUAGAACGUGGCAAGGAGACUCAUGCAUUAGGCCGUGUGGGUGAGCCAGAAGAAGUUGGCAAUGCCAUUGCAUUUUUAGCAUCCAGCGAAUCAUCUUUUAUCACAGGAGAAACUUUGCCUGUGGAUGGGGGCCGCCAUGUUAUGUGUCCUCGAUGAGAAGAGUUAAUGAUAUUUUGCUCUUCUUCUGUAAUAGAAGUACAUCCAAGUAUUUUGUAAUUUUGUCAACUCUGUUGUCAAACUGAGAGUAUUGUAACUGUAAUAAAUGUAAGUUUUUUUUGAGGAGACAAAGUGUAAAGUCAGUUCCCAAAUCUAUUAAAAAUUAUUUUCUGCUAAGUUCUUGAGUUUCACAUUAAGUCAAUCAGCUAUUUUUAUGAAAAUGUUCCAUUGUGUAAUACAAAUAACAUAUAAAAUACGAAAUUACUAAGCUGUUAAGUCACUACAACAGCCCAGGUUUCGAAGAUUUCUUCCUUAGCAAUAUUAACUUCCGCAUUCCUAGUCACAAUACAAAUUAAACAAAGAAAAUAUGUUGGGCAGUCCAUAUACCUUUUUCCUAUCAAACAAAGUUGUUGAUCACUGAAAUCGCCUACCUGCCACUGUUGUCAAUGCUCUUAGCACUCGCACAUUUAAAGAAUGUUGGGUUCAGUUUUAUACCGUUCUGUCUUGAUUAUCAUCUUUUUUACCCCUCUUCUUUCUCAUGCGAAUCUUUGUUUUAUUGUGAACAUUAUCAGAAUUGAACACUGUUUGUGUAUUUAGUAAAUAAAUAUUUUGGAAGUUAUUGUUCAAAUAAACAGA